CGCGCCAAGAAAGAAAAAAAUUGAGCGCCAUUACCGCGAAUCAAUCGGACGUAGUACUAGCAACAGCCACGCUUGUACAAACCUUAAGACACUCCACGAUUCUCUCCGCAACGUGCGUUGUUCAUCGCCACGAAACCGCUAAACUUGUGGGGUUGAAGAAUAAAAAUCGUUUGUACCGGUCAGCUCGCAGCGCAUUCAUCGUUCGCGCUGCAGUUGCGCAAGUUGCUAGCGUGUGUUAGAGUUCGUGGACCAAGAUCAGUAUCUGGCGCAAAAAUACAAAACAAACCUACAGUGAUAGUGUUGCGACAGCUAAAUGCAACGAUAGGCGGUUGUGUUGAAAGCUUGUUCUGUAACUUUUUUUGUUUUUUUGGUGUUAACAAGUUCCGCGUAAACAUCCCGAAUGGCUGGAGGAUUCUUCAGGUUGGUGGUAGCAUUGCUGGUGCUGGGUGUUGUGAUCGUUCCCGUACCCGCUCAGCUCGAUGGUAGCUUUUGGUGGAUGAACACCAAUCUGCUGAAGCAGGCGGAAGCGCUACGGGAAACGAAAGACGUUAAGGCGAUCGUAAUAACCAAGGAUUCGGAACUGGACGCGGUUCGGGUCGGCGGAAAUUCGCUCGUCGACAGUGAUUCGCCGGAUUGCAUAUGCGUACCGUUAAAUCGUUGCCACAAUCAACCGACCGGAAGGGAUGGUUUAUGCGGUCCGGAAAGUGUUUGUUGCCGUCGUUCACAGUUAAUUGCACCCGAAUCAACAACCGCAUCGACAACCUCCACACCAACCACGUUGAAUAUCAGCACCAGUACCAUUUCCUCAACAAAACUAGAACCGGUCGAUAGUUUGAUUUUCGAUUCCGAUCCGAUUCUUCCCGUCCUGCCACCGAACAUAUCAUUUAAACCGAUUUUAUUGAAUGAAACGGAGCAUGAUCCUAACCUUCUGCUCGAGCUGUCUAAUCUUUUGCUUAGCCACAGCCUGGUGGAUAUAUUCGAGCCAAUCGAUACCAAUUCAUUGCCAGAAGACAAAGACUCUAUUAAUGAAUCUUCGCAGACUGUAAGUUCAACUACGCCGAAAACAAGCCCAACUGGUAGCUUCAGCAAUGCUAGUCGUACCAAGGAUUACUGUGGCAGACGGCAGCACUCUGUAAGCAGUCGUAUAUUCUUCCAAGACGAAGAUGAUGAUCGUUUACGUGAGGUUCCAUCCGGAACGGUAGGAUUCAGUGAAUUUCCCUGGACGGUCGCCAUUUAUCAACUCAUACGGAAUGGAUCCUUCGUUUAUCAUUGCGGAGGAGCCAUCCUGAACCGAACCGUUGUCGUAACAGCAGCACAUUGUGUAUCAAACAAUCGUUUGCAUCCGAAUCGUUUUAUCGUGCACGCUGGUGACUGGGAUCGAAGACACGCACAGGAACGACUCCCACACCAGGAACGAACCGUCAAUCGGAUCGUUGUACAUCCCAACUAUUACUCAGGUGCCCUGUUCAACGAUAUCGCUCUUCUAUUCUUCAACGAACCGUUCAACGACACGCUUCCUAACGUCGAGUCAGUGUGUCUUGGUGGGCCCAAAGAUACAUACACGCACGACAACUGUUUCGUCACGGGAUGGGGUGGCUCUCCGAAAAGUAACCGGGCGCAAAGCAUACAACAGUAUCACAAACUUACGAUCCUGGAUCGAUUCCGCUGUGAAACGCGGUUACAAAAUCAACCAACGCUGGGGUCAAAAUUUAAACUGCAUCAAAGCUUCAUUUGUGCCACUGGUAAUGGUACGGACGUGUGUCAAGGAUCGGGCGGUAGUCCGCUUGCUUGCGAACGGAAUGGACACUUUUAUCUGCUCGGAAUCGUUUCGUGGGGAAUUGGAUGUGGAGAUAACAUUCCAGCAGUGCUAACCAACGUGGCGAGCCUGAGCGAAUGGAUCGCUUCUCAGCAAGCAAUUAGCUAAACGUUAUGUUUGUAUCUUCGAUAUCAUUCACACCAAAAUUUAGAAGCAAGAGUGUUACUAACUGCUAGAUAUUUUUGCUAGAAAGUAGGUUAAGUAUAUAAUAUAAAUAAAUUUUUUUUCAAAUUUUUAAA